UAUAUAUGUGUGUGUUUGUGCGAAGUUUGUCACGUAAUUUUCUGCCCAGCUCCAGGGCCGCAUCUAGACAACCCCGUCUCGUCCUGGUUGCUCCGGGAUGGAGCCCGAUGUGGGUGGAAGUGAGAUGGCAUCCAGGGAAAAGAGACCCUUAGCGCCUUCCAAAUCGAAACAGAAGGCGAGUAACGACUCUGGCUUGCCAUCCAAUGAGGUCAGGAAUAAGAAAGGCAAGUCAUUGCCGAGUGUGAAGCAGCAGCAGCAGCUUGCGCAAGAGAUUUUUGAUACGGUAGCAACAGGUAGCCAGCUCUCCGUCAAGCUAGAGGUGAGCUUGCCACGCAGGAAUGCCCUUAAGAAUCUGAAACGCAAGCAGAACCUAAGAGCAGCCAAGGCAAAUCUCAAGUCCAAGGUUACCAAGAAGGAGACCAGCAAGAAUAUACACAGGAUAGUCAAGAGGGGUGUGAAAGCGAAGAGGAUUAAGCAAUCGGAGGAGUCAGCUGUCAAGACAGUGGACACAGCUUCGAGGCUUUCGGAGAAUCAGACCAGCAACAGAGACAACGAAGGCAAAGGAAGCGAAACACCAAGCAAAAGUGCCAAGAACAAUCUCAGGACCAAGAAAGUCAAGGCUGACGUUCAGAACAAAGAAGAGGCCAGUGUUAAAGUUAGCCCGAAACUUGGCAGGAAGGGAAAAGCAACGGAGAGUCCCGACUCUUUGUCCAAGGGUGCCAAAACAGGAAAGUUGACGAACCUGAAGAGGAACAAUACCAAGGAUAAUAAUUUUAUCAAAGCUGCGGAGGAUAACAGGGAUUUGCAUAAGGGUGCUGCAAAGAGUAGAAAGAGUGGUAGUGGUAAGGAAUUGGAUUCUCUCAGUGUAAAGAGCAAUUCCAGUGUUGAGAAGUUUCCAAAGGCAGUUUUGGAUGACAAGAACUCUAUUGAUCUUACCAUAGACGAAGUUAUAGCUUCUUCGAUGUUGAGUGAUAACGAAACUGAAAAUCAACAGGGCGUUACAGAGAGGACCGAGGGCAAGGUGACAAGGAGCAGGAAGAUGCUGGUGGACGAGAAUAUCAUUUGUGACAUUGAGAUCAAGAAGGAGCCUGAGACCGAUGACAUCAAAGUUACAUCGGAUGGUGAGUACGCAGAGGACCAGGGAAUACAGAAUGCCAUUCAAUUGAGAAAGAGAUCGAAGGUCGGCUACGUCGACGUUCAAGUGUCGCAGAGGAGCUUGAGAAACGGGAAGCAACGACAGUUGUCGGAUUCGGGAAACUCCCCGGAUAACGAUUCCAAAAAGCGUCACAGAUUGAACUCCGAUGGAACCGCUAUCUCGGACAACUCGAUGGAACAUAUCUCGGAUUGCAAUACAAAUAUGGAUUCUUGCUUCUCGGAUCACAGUUGCAACGAAUCCCAGACCGCGGUGGCGUCGAGUAAGGAGGAAAUGUGCCUGAAGGACGAAGUGUCGAAGAACUUUGACGAGGAAGCUGACAUAGGCUCGGAAGUGGAGAACAAUAACAAUAGCGACCGCGUCGAUAGAACAGGUGAAACGGGACCGACGCUGCGUUCGAAAACUAAAGCCAAAACCAUAGAAAACGAAGCCACGAAGGACGAGGACGUCAAGACGGAAGAUCCGCGAAUACCGCCCAAGUGCGAGGCGCAAGAGGACUCGAAGAAGCUUAACAAUCUGGAUCAGACCAGGAAGGAUAACAGUAUCCUAGCCAAAUUCACCGACAAAUCCAAGGGUCGUCGGGGCAGUCUGAACAUAGACAUGAAGAAGACGGUGAAUUCUUUCUACAGCACCGACAAGUCAGACGGCAAUUCCAAGUCGCAGAUAGACCAGAUGAUCGAGAACAUCAAGCUGAACAUUGCGAAGACCAUCGAGAGCAAGAUAUUCGGUCCGGAGAAGGGCCUCGGGCUGAGCAAGAACUUCGACGUGAAGACCGAGAUCGUCGCGCCGCUCAGCACGGACUCCCAGAAGAUGGGAUUGGAGGAGAGCGCUGACGAGGACGGGUCGGCCGUGACGAAGAACGAGAUCACGUCGGACAGUUCGGAGAAUUCGGUACCCAAAGUGGCCGAUACUGCCAAAGAGAUCGAGGAGAAACUAGUCAAGUCCGAUAUCGGGGAAGCGGAGACGCACUCGCAGAACAUUCAGGAGGACAGGGUCUCCGACGGCGACAGGAUUCAUAAUGUACAUAAUAUUUGCGAGUCUACAUGUAAUAUAAGUAAUGAUAGCGGUGCUGCGGCUGUUUACAACAGCCAAGACGAGUCGGAGAACGAGAACGUCGGCUGCAGCACGGCCGGCGACGCUUUCGACAGCGAGUCCAAGACGUCGCAGGACGAGAGCAAGAAGAUGGCCACGAGGAAGUCUCCGAGGAUCAGCGACAAGACUGCGGACAACGUUCUCGAGGCGAGAAAAUCCAACAGCAGGACCCCGAGCAAGACGAUCUCAAGACUGGAGGAUCCUCCGGAAUCUUUGGACGACGAUGUGACCACGUCGUUGCCUUCGCAAGCGGAGGAGAGACUCGCGGAGAAGCCUGUGGAAGCGGAGGGAUCGGAGAUCACCUGUUCGAGCAACUCGGAGGAAUCGGAAACGCUGGAAAGUAUAUCUCGCGAGGUGGAGAGACUAGUAGCUGAAGACGAAGACGCCCGGUUGUCGCUGUUGAACGCCGCAAACGACACCGAGCCGAGCGAAGAGAACCUUCUGGUCCCCGAGAACCCGGACAGCCAGGAGUUGGAGGUUCAACGUGCGAACAAACAGGAAGCGUCCGACGACAGCUCGAUGACGUCAGAAUCUGCUACCGACGCCAACGAGAUCUCCAGGUCCGCCGAUGAGACCAGCAGGGAAGAAAGGGGCGACGCUUCCAAGACAAAUAACUCAACGACCACCACAAACUGUGAUUCAAAUAGCGAUUCAAGUAGCUCUGUAAAUUCUGUGCCUGCACGCAGCCCCGAAAGCAAGGAACUGAAAGCCAGGAGCGGCGACCCGACCUCGGACGAGAGCGUCUCGGAGAAUCAGAAUCCGGAGCUCAGUGAGACUGCGGAUCCGAUAAACGAUAAAUCGCCAGACAAUAAAGAUCCCGAGGAGACCCGGAAACCCGACGGCGAGAAGAGCAAGAGAGUCCUGCGAGCCCGCGACAAGCAGAAGAAAGGACGCGACGAAGGUCGCGUGAAGGUCAAGCAGGAGGAGACCGCGGGAGGCAGCGUUCAUCAACGAAAGACUCCGAGUUCCGACGAGAUGCCGGCGAUGGACGCGACUCGAGUCUCCGAAGGAGGUUCCCGGAAGCCGGAGGACAGCAACGAAUCGGACGAGUCCUCCCAGUCGCGCACCCGGCGCAGCAGGGACAUGAAGAGGAUCCGGAAGGAGGACCCGGCCAGCUCCAAGGUGAAGCGCGUGAAGCGGGAUACGCGCAAGUCCGAUCAGCAGACCAAGGAAGAGACUCUGCUGGACAACGAGGUGGCGAAGAUCAACGAGAACAACAGGUCCUUCCUGAGCAAGUACGCGGACGAGGUCGAGGGACAUCCCGGGGAGGACGACGAUAGCUUCCGCGAGGCUUUCUUCGAGGAACGCGAGCCGGACGAGGAACUCCAAGACGCCAAGAAGAAGGGACCAGGUACCGGCGUGCGCAGCAAGUCGGAGAACGACAUCGCGAUCGAGGCCAAGGGCUCCAAGGGCGCGGAGAAGCGGCAGCUCUCGCGAAAUCUGUCCGAGAACCACGUGUCUUCGAAGCAGACGCCCGACCACGGGAUACAGGGUAUGCUGGGGAACGAGUGCAAGAGUCCCAAGGACGCGCCCAAAGACUCGGACGAGACCUCCACGUCCGGAGAGUCUUGCAACGGUGAUAAUAUGGGAAAGAUCCUGGAGACGCCCGAGGAUAAGGAGAGAAAGGAGUCGAUUCUGCGAACCUUGGGAUUAGAAUCCCUGGAGGAGGCCGCGAAGAGGCAGAAUCAGCAGAAGAUUAGGAAGGAGCAGUCGUCGGGGACCCUGAAAACGGUGAUUAAGGUGUCGCAGAAGGACAAGGAUAAGGACAAGCGAGGAUCGGGACCUCCGCUCAAGAUGAUCGUCCUCAAGCAGGGUCGCGCGGACGGAGAGGGGGAUUCGCCAGAGAUUUACACCAUUCAAAAGGAGUUUGGUGGACCUAGUGGUUUGGGCGAUAGCAGCUCUGGUGCGAACCGAAAGUUCACUACUAACCACAGAUACUCUUGCGAUGACGAUAACGAGGACGCUGCACCUAAGGAUCGUCAGUCGCUCGUCAUUCCAGAGAAGUCCUCUUCCUUCUCCAUACAUCCUGGACGCGUCUGCGCCGACGUGUGCUCCUACUGUUUCGGAAAGUUCGGCUCCCUGGACACGCCGAUGCACCUGGCGCAACUCAAGUCCGACGAGAGGCGCAAGAAGAUCUUGAACUUCGAGAGACACCUCACAAAAGACUCGUGUCUCUGUGACGCCUGCUAUCGUCACGUUGACAGGAAGGCCAAUACCAGCCCGACGAAUUUGCAGCAGAAGCCGCAGAAACAGCACAGACAACUGAUGGUGACCAAAUGCUCGGCUCGCGAGUGCCGGGAUCCUGCGCGGCAUCACGUCAAGCGCCGUUGGUUGGUCAAGAUCAAAGCCAGUCUACAAAAUCAGGUCGACAUAGACUGGGACUCGAGUCAGCAUACCCAGAUGCCGCUCUGCGUCAGUCAUUACGAGAAGGUGGAGUGCUACUUGAUGUGCGCGCUAUGCAAACGCCGGCUGAUACGAACGCACACCCAUACGCUGACCAAGGCGGAGAUCGACGAAUUUAAUCAGCUGGCCAGUCCUCAGGGAAUCCCCGUUCUCCUGCAGGGCUGCACGUACGUCUGCAAACUGUGCCGAUACUUUGUGCAGCUGCAGCUCAAAUACAGGGACCUUGAGAACAUGAACACGAAUCACAAGAUCUUCUCCAAGAGUUAUCGAAAGCGGAUCUUGCACAGUCGUGGAAUCGAAGUGGCCGACGACGAGGACGAGGAUUCGUCGCAGCAGGCGACGAAUCCGGCCAAGGACAAGAAGAGCAAGAAGAGCAGCAAGGGCGCGCAGGUGAAGAGCGGGAGUUCCAAGUCCCCGGAACACGUGACGAGCGGCACGUCGGAGAAGUCGACGCCCGAACCGAACAAGAACGAGGGCCGUCCGAGUUCCUGCGAGAACCGCGCGGCGAAGACGAGCGGCGACGAGAGCGGCGGCAACAUCUCGUCCCUUUCGUAUUUCGGCAGCAUCGAGAGCACCGUGGAGAACCUGAAGAAGCGCAAGAUGCUCGACCUGCACGCCUACCCCCUGACGGGCGACGGCGCGACGACGGCGGCGAACGAGAUGGCCGAGAUCCUCGGGAUGGAUAACGAGGUCACCCUGACGCGGUUGCCGAAGAGGCCGAGACUCAACAACAGUAGCAACAACAGUAGCGUCAACAACAACAGCAGCAGCAACGACAUCACGCCGGUGGUGCAGAGACUCGGCGCGAAUCCCUCGAUAAGCGUGCGCACUCUCUUCCCCGGCGAGGAGGAGAUGAACCUUCACGUGAACAUCGACUUUCAAAACGUGCGAGAGGUGACGCCGCAGGGUUGGGAGAAGUGCGCGACGAUGAUCCAGUACGAUCGCGAGACCAAGCACCUCUGGCAGCAGCUGCAGCGACCUUACGGCAACCAGAGCUCCUUCCUGCGCCACCUGAUCAUUCUGGAGAAGUACUACCGAGCCGGGGAUCUGAUACUCGCGCCGAACGCCUCGCGCAACGCGAUCAACUACUCCACGUCGGUGCAGAACAGACUGAUAUCGUACGAGGGCCCGGAGAAGAUGGACGAGCCGAUCAUGGAGCCGAUCGCGACGGAAUAUAACUCCCGUCGUUUGAGCGGUGGCUUCGUCAUGGAGAAGAACAGACCACCCGGCCCGAGUUCGAUGUCCGGCAGACCGACGAGUGGUGGCGCGGCGUCGUUGCACUCGACGAAGAUGAACUCCCCGAGGAUGCUCAAGCUCAACUCCGGGGUGUCGAUCAUCAAGAAACCGCCGCCCAGUCUGCAACGAUUAAGCCUGCCGUCGACCAGUGGCGGAAGCGGCCCGACAACGAACGGCGGCGUGAAGCGGAGAGAUGGCCAGAGUCUACCCUCGGCUUACGCCGGCAAAGUGUUCCAGCUGAGCGAGCAGGACAUGAAGAGGACUCAGCACUCGUCGAGCAAACGCCAGUCGAAGAGCAACGAGCGACAUUUCGGCGCCGGCAGCGGAUCGUCCAGCUACCAGAAGACGUCGCAGGUCGCCGCGGCGAUCCCCGGCCACAGCCAGCAGUUCCAGAGGCACCUGCGGCUGCAGCAGGAGAUGCUCAGCCGACAGAGCCGCGGCGACUUCGAGCCCCUGAUCUGCGACAUGGCGACGCGCGGCCACCCGGCCGCGAACGAGAACAGCCCGACCGGCCAGAACCUUAUACACAAUCUCAACCUGCCUAAGUCGAUCCAGGUGACGACCAAGCCGACUAUGACGUCGUCCUCGUCGUCCUCGACCAGCAGCCCGAUCCCGAUUUUGCCCAAGAUCCCGAGGUCGUUGACGGUGAUACCGCAGACCGUCACGAGACCCGCUGCCGACAAAUGAGAGGAGACGAGGAGGAGAAGGUGGUGGUGGUGGUGGUGGUGGAGGAGGAGGAGAUGCGGCGAGGAUCGGCGCUUUUUUCGGAUCUCCCCGACGUCGAUCGAAAAUUGUGCCGCCAAAUCGAAGCAAGAUAUAGAUGACGAUGACGAUGAUGAUGCCGAUCAUCAUCGAUGCUCGGAGAGCAGUCUUUGCCUUACGUGAGCGCAUCGCGGUAUGCACUUACCGAGCCUGAACGCUCAAAAUAAUAAUACAUAUACAUAGACACGCAGACUCACACACAUACAUUGUACGACACGUUAAGUUUACAGUUUCUCGAAUAAAACAGCCGAUAGACGA